AUGCAAGAACAAAAAAAUUGUGCUUUUCUUCCAUUUUUAGCAUGCUGAUAGUUAAAUUCAUGGGAAAAGAAUAUAAGCUUAAAUUGUGGCAAAAUCUUUUGAUUUUCUUGUAGCCUCGGUAUUCUCAAGUUAGCAUAGCAUGAAAAUUGAGAUCCUUGCCUUUUCUUACUGUGGCUCAUCUCGUAGCCAUGGACGAAUCUACCAUUGUUGAAAAGCAGAGCCAAAGAAAAAGAAGCAGCAGCGACAACAACGCUUUCGCUAAAUUCGUGCCUCUUGCUUCGCCGUUAGGAGACGACGGUGGAUCCCAAGAGGCGAACCCUGAAGCUGAAGGUCACGAAAAUGGCCAUAAAAGACUCAAACCAAAUCCAUUGUCGGAAUUCGCCUACACCUCCUCUUGCUCCUCUCCUCCUCUUCUCCAAGAAACUAUCGGCCGAGAGAAUCAGCAAUUUUCCCCUCCCUCCACUGUAAUAAGCAAGCAUUCUGCUGAUACAGGACCGUCUCCAUCUUCCAUGUCUAGCAAAUCCCGUACCGAUUUGGAGAUGCUAGAUGCGAAAAGCAGCCAGACUCUCUCAUCUGAAGACCGGAUUGAGCUGGGAUCGAUAGGUUUGAUGGCAGCUGAACAAUUAUCUAAGAGACCAAAGAUCGGAGGAGUCUACCAAGCAAUUAGGGUCCAUAGAGAAAGAACGGUAAAACGGCUUAAAGAACUGUGUAAUGAGGAGCCUACGAUCGAUGUGGGGAUUGAGAUGGCUGAUGCGGCAUCUCUUUUGAAGCUUAUGAGCUCCUCAACUGAUGAGAUAAUUGAGAGCGCAGGGCAAAAGGCUCACAGGGGAGCAUCGUUGUUGCUUCAAGCAGAGAUUCUUCGCAAGAAUGGUCUGCAGCUACUUUCUGAGAGCCAAAACUCGUUUAGGGAUAUCCUAUAAUUACUGGUUGAUUUUGCAACUCCCUUCAAUUUUUUGGCUUAGCCAACAUCUCGACCUAAUUAUCAAAUCCUUUUAAUAUUUCACUUACGCUCAAGUUAUCUAACUUCUGGUAUAUAAUACGUUUGAAAGAUAUGCUUUGGUUGGAAUCAUACAACUGAAGUCUUCGUGUUCAUGCAUUUCUACAGACUCUGUUUCGGGGAUUCUUGCAUAUAACUUGUAAUUGGCAAUCAUAUCACAAUAAGAGGAAGUAUAUGAUAUCCUAAGUUGUGAUUUCA